GGCAAUGCUGUAUUACAGUUUUGGCGUUUUGGUGCAAACACAAUUUUUAACGAACUUCGUCGCACAUUUAUUUUGCAUAUUUUCCGAAAACAAGCUAGCUGUAUUUUACAAGACUAUUUUCAAAAUAAACUUGUGUUUUGAUUUUUCUAUAGUGAAACGAAAGGGGCUUUAACAUUUUUUGUGAAAAAAUUGUGAGAAGAACUAGGAAAUAAGAUCGUCAAAUCGACUGAGAGUGGCAUUUCAUAGCAGCAGGAAGUUUUAAUUAGACUUCCCGAAUUAACAAAAACAUAAAAAAGCGAUGGAGUCGCCACCGAUGUUUAAUAGCGUUGAGGAUGAAUGUCGGUAUUGGAAGGAGCGCGCAAAGCUUUACCACAAAGAAUGGACAGAUGUGAAACAAGAAUACGACGAGUACGUAGAGCAGUCGCGACAGAUGGAGGCAGAAAUGGAUGCUACACUUGAACAGAAACAGAGUAUAAUCAAAGAUCUCAGAUCGACCUUUUCUUCACUAGAGAAGGAAAAUGAAUCCUUGAAGCUCAAAUUACAAUCUCAUGCCAUUGAGUUGGCCAAUACAGAAAGACAGUUGGAAAAUUUGAGAAACGAGCGUGAUACGCUGAAAUUGUACCUGCGCCAAUUGGAACAAAAGAAUGAUGACCUAGAACGGGCGCAUCGCAUACUCAACGAAAGCAUUGCCGACUUCGAAACAAUGUUGGACAAAGCUUAUGAGAAAAAUGCACUUCUGGAAAUGGAGGUAGAUGAAAAAGAAAUGCUGCAGGAGAAGCUACAGAGACUCAUGGAUGAAACAAGAGAUUUAAAACAAGAACUGAAUGUAAAAACGCGUAACCCUCUAAGUGGUUCAGUUAGUAAUUUAUCAGAAACGACAACACAGUCCACAGCUGUACUAAAUGGCACUGUCAACAAAGCCGAUAUCACCCAUGAUACCAUCAGCCCUAGUAAUAUCAGUCUUAGUACCACUCUCAAUAACAUCAGUCUCAACAAUACCAGCCUUACAAAUACUUUGAGCAACAGUCCAACAGUUAUACCCAAUUAUGGUGAACAACAUUCUUUGAAAAAAAAAACCUUUUCAGAUUCUUCUAACUUACUCAAUGGCAAUGCAAUGACGCCAGGCUCUCGAACAACUGCACUCAACAUAGUUGCAGACAUGCUGCGGAAAUUAAAUUUGGAUAAGACACUUUUAUGUUCGCAAUGUGAAAGAUUUCGUUGUAUCUGUGAUCGUACCGUUGCUGCUGCUGCCGAUUCUACAAGCAGUAGUGCCUCCACACCUGUGGCUGAUGGUGUAGGUCGCCUUAGACGAAGUGUUACGAGCACAUUUGGCAGCAAUAACUCUGUCGAUACAAAUGCUACCAUGACCUCCAGCUCCACAAACAACUCUUGCGCUGAAUACGAUGCCGACGUUGCUGAUGUUUCUCUGCGUCGUACCACAAGUCGUAGUAAUUCGAGUCUAAACUUUGGUACAAAUAUUUUUAAGCGCUUUGCAGAGCGCAUGAGUGGGGGAAAUGGAAAUUUCCUGAACUCAACAAAAACACCUCCACGCACAACAAAUACAAAUAUUCCGAAACCAAAUGAACUAAACUAAGAUUAUUACAUUACAUCCUAUAUUUUAUUAGUUUUGCUUUUGUGUUUUUUGUUUAUUUUUUCCGUAUUCGAAAUGCAUUUAAUACGUUU